ACAAAUGUAUGCAACCUGAUUCGGAAAGUACCAUUAGCCGUAAAGUUGGUGGUAGUGCCCAAAGAGAUUUAACUCCAACACAAAAGACUGCUACUGCUGGUGCUAAUAAAAAGAAUUCCACAAUGAUUGGUGGUACACCGACCGGUCGUUCCAGUGCUAAACAGAAGACUGAUAUAAGCCAAUAUUUUAAGAAAUUAGAUAAUAGUGUAAUGACCACUCCCAUUACGAAUAUACUAACAAAGACGACGACACCUGGUGCCAGGACAGAAUCACCAGCUACAUUACUACUGAAUCGCAUUAAUUCCAAUAAUUAUACACCCUUGAUGAUGCAAGAGAAGAAAACAGGAAGAACUCAAACUCAAAAAAUAACAUCGAUUACAGCUAGAAACGAUAUUGAAUGCUACGAUGAAGAAAGUCGAGAUUCAACAACAAAUGUCGUCGGCGGUGAUAUUUCCAAAACCCAAAAAGUUAAAAAAGCUUUGGAUUUCUUUCAACAUUCUCAAGAAGAAGAGGAGGACAAUAGAAAUGUUGCAACCACAACCAAAACAAGGCGUCGCAGUAGUAUUUUUGCAGCAGCCACUAUUAUGGAUAAUGGUAAUAAUAAAGCACCCCCAAUCUCAGAGGAUAACGCAUCGAUGGCUACACCUUCUAAAAUCACACGACGUCGUAGUAUUUUAGCUGUUGAGGCCACUGAAACAACCACUUUAACGAUGCAAACACCAAAUAAUAAGAAUACACGUCGUCGCAGUUCCAUACAUACACCGAAAAAUAUGACCAUGGAAACACCAAGUAAAAAUAUACAAAUACAACCCAUAACGGAAGAAGAUGAAAGUAAUCAUCAGGGAGGAGAGAUGUGUGGAAAUCAAACAAACUCCUCAUCUGCGGCCAUAAAGGCCCGACGCACUCUACAUGUUGCAAAAACAAUGGAAAUAUCCGAAGCCACCAACACGACGACCUCCUCCAGUAAUGCCAUAAAAGAAAAUCAACCCAAGUCUAGCCUCAGGCGUACCAUUAACAGCUAUGCCAACAAGAAGAAUGCUUCGCCAACAAAUGAUUGUAGUGGCGGCAAUUUGGAUUUGAGUAAUGUUGCAACCCGGCGACCCACAUGCUACAGUGUUAAAUCAAUGGAAACAAGUAGUAUUAUAGCAAAAGACGGGGAUACUAAACUAGAAAAAACAAUUGAAAUGACAAAUCAAUUUUUCAAUGUCCUUAUGAAAAAGAACGAACAACCUAACGAGCCUCCAAAGACAGUCGCCGCCACCACAAAUCGUCGUCGUACCUUGUAUACCCCGAAAAAGGUUAGCGAUAGUACAUUUUCAAAAACGAAUGGUGGUAGCCAAUCAUCUGCUGAGGAGGGUUUGUGUAUUACGCCCACAGCCAGCAAUAUGCAUGGCAAAGUGGUGGCCUGUUCAACACUCUUGGAGGAGGAGGAGAGUAGGGAAAAACCUAAGCUUAUGGAAACGCCACCAGCAAAUGCCACAACUGGCAAGUUACUUGAAGAAACUGUGGAAUGUGCAACGCCUUUGAUUUUUAGUUCCACUCGUCAACCGGGCAACAAGAGGCGUACACUCUUCGAUGUUUCAAUGGAUAUUAUAACACAGCGUUUGCAGUGUAUCAAUCAAUCGGCUAGACGUUCGUUAGCCCCAACCACAACAACACUCAUCGGCGGCGAUGAUGACAAUGCCGAUGUUAAAUCGUGUAACACACCACCCUUACCUGAAACCCUUGUUGGAAAUCGUCAAGCCUCAUUCGAUUUGGAAAACUCCAAUAGUUCCGAUCAACACAAUGUUACAAUUAGUCGUGGCGAAUCAAUUGAAAACAAUGAUAGCAAUGGUUCGACACCUGCACUCCAGAAAAAACGUAAAUUGUUCGCACCAAAUGAGCUGUUGACCCCACCGCCCAUAAAUAUACCCGCUGCUGCCGUUUCCGAACAAAAGAAACGUCGCCGAACAUUACUGCCACUCUCACAAACCAUACUAUCAACAUCCUCCACCAUGUCGACAAACGAUCUCCUCUCGGCUACUAACGAGUCCUCGCCUCAAGUGCUUAAACGGCGUAGCACAUUGGAUUUUGAACAAAUUAAAAAAUAUCAAAAUAAAAUGUCACGGAAAACUCAACAAGGAGUAGAGGCCAAUACUGGUGGUGGUGUUGGUGGUAAGCAUCUAAAGGCCAAAAAGCCAACCGGCCUAGUCUACACGAAUAUGCAUAGCGAACAAAUCGAUGUUAUACGUGAGGUUGUCAAUAAAUUAUCGGCAUUCGACAUUGAACAAACUGUUACCGAUAAUACCACACAUUUGGUAUCCUUGGAGCCAAGAAGAACAAUGAAUUUAUUGCGUGCCAUUUCAAGAGGAUUAUGGGUGGUCGAUUAUAAUUGGAUAUUAGAUUCGCAAAAGGCUGGAGAAUGGUUGCCGGAAGAGCCAUAUGAAUUGCGAAGUUUUUCACGAGCUGUAGAGAUCUGUCGCUCGGAGCGUCAAGCAUUUGGUGAACAUUAUAAAUGCGAACUAUUUCGUGAUCUUGGAGCUUUUUACAUUUCAUUGCGCUGUUAUCCGGUCACCAAGAACGAUUUGUGCGAAUUGAUAACAUUAUGUGGCGGUCGUUUGGCACUUAGUCGCAAUAAGGCAAAAUACAUUAUUGGUGACACCAAUCAAUCGCUGGAGGAUAAGAUUUACGUCACACCCUAUUGGAUAUUGGAUAGUAUAUCUCAAAUGCAAAUAAUGAAAAUACAAAAAUAUUUAUGUGUAAAACCGGGUGAAGAAAUGCCCCUACCAACAUCGCCGGUUGUAGUUAAGGCCACAGCACAAGUAGAAAACUAA